AUGAUGUACAAAUCAAUCGACAUGCUACCGAGGAACUUUGACGACGUCGUGAUCAACUUGCCCACUGCUCUCAUGCUGCCUCUAUCCAUCGUCAUAUUUUCCGACCCUCUACUUGGUGUCAGAUUGCCUCGCAAAAUCCAUUCAAUGACUGUCGCCGACGUCUUUGCUGUGCAUACAACUAAGCAAUUUCUCCAUUGGAAACGUUCCUUCGACCCCACACUUGCCGUAUGGCAGCGUGCACCUCGACAACUGAUUCAGGGCAUUGCAAAAGGCACAUUCAAGUUGCAACCCUUCUUUCUCCCUCUGUGA